GUAACAAAUUUGUUUACAUUUCCAAAUAUUUAGGAAAAAUCAAUUUACCAAUAUUAAGGACAUCAAUAUCACAAUUCAGUGAUGUCUAAACGAACAGCAGACUAUUCACAAUCUAUUCAACCGAGUUCAUCUAAAAGACAAAAGACUUUUGAUCCAUACAAACUGAUAGAAUCACUAGAGAGAUUAUCAAUAGCACCUAAACAUUCCCAUUUUGCAUCUACAACCUUUUCAUCAAAUUCAAAUUCAAGUUUUUCAAAAGUGAGAAAUGAACGAGACAAUAAUUUUAUUAAAUGGAAUCAAGUUUCGGAAGGACCUAAUCUGCUGGAUCUCAAUUUUGCUCUAGAGUCUUUAAAAUUUAAUUUAAUGAAACUUCACUGUUGCAAGCCUGAAGACGUGGAUAAUAACAAGCUAUUUUCAAUUGCAUCCACAGUCCUUAAGAGAUUAAAGUUCAAAAUUUAUUGUGGACGAUUUACUUAUGUCGAGGACUUCGUUAAAAGUGAUUUUUCAUAUAAACAGGCACAGAUGUUUGCAGAACAAUAUUACAUAAAUUUGGAUAUGAAGAAGUCCAACAAUUUCAUUACAUCCAGAACAGCUUUAUUACUGGAUGAUAAGCCUAUUUGUGACGGUGAAAAGUAUAUUCAAGCUAGACAAAUCAUAGAAUGUAUCUCACAAAUUGCAAGUGAAUCAAAACAAUUUUCCGAAAUGAUGCUGACUGAAAAACUAGAUUUGGAUGUUUCACUGACUUUGCCAAGCACUAGCGAGCAGCAAACAAUGGUUGAUCUAAUAUGCUUAAUUACAACAUCAAUAAUUAAAGAUAAUCGAUACAUUGCAAUGAAUUUUGGCUUGGUCGUAGCUGUUACUCAUCUACUCCAAAGCUUGACAUCCCAUUUUGAUAAAUACAGUAACAUUAAGGAUAUAUGCAUAGGAUUGGAAAAUAUGUUCACGUUGGUAUUACAAUUGGCAACAUUUGACGUUGAAAUUAUGUUAAGCUUAUCAGAAUCAUUCGUUAAUAUUACUCACAAAGACUCAAAUCGAAUGACGCUCUUCAAAAGUAUGUGUAUCAGCUAUCCAUUUACAAACUUGGAAUAUUCCUGGACUUUUCGGUUAAUGCGAAUGGAUUUAUGUCCAGGAUGUAAAUUUCAAAUAUUCUUUAUUCUAUUAAAUCACGUGUUUCGUUUUUACGAUGUGGAAAAAAUAAUCGAUGAUCGACUGGAUGCACUAAUUAGAAUCACACAAAAUAUGAAUUACUUGGUCUUCAUUUUUUUGGCUAAUGACGUUGACGUGAAAUUUUUGGUGCCAAACAAGGGCUACUCAAGAAAAGUGGAAGAUGCUUGCUUUUGUUAUCGAUUUCUGCUUCUUGGUACACUAAUUUUGAAUGUCAUGCUUUUUAAAAAUCAAAAUUCUAAUCCAAGACACUAUCAAACAAUUAUCUCUUUAAGACAAGACAGUCUUAUCAUUCUUAAUGGUUUAUUGAAUUAUUCGUACGAUAGUCCCGAUUUUUGGAAAAGUCCACCGCACCUUAUGAUGAAUGAAAUAUUUGUGGCAAUAAAUUUUGAUGACCUUUAUUUCUUAAAUGACUCUAAAACGCGAAUUUAUCCAGACAAACGAAAGAUCUUUGAAAUGUUUAUUGUAAAGAAUCCUAGAAAACUGCAAGCAAAUUUGAAUCCGUUCAAACUUUUUCUCAAGAAAUUUGACCCAAAGAACGCUAGACUUUUUGAAAUGAAACUUGAUGAUGAUGACAGCAAUAUUAAUCGAAGAUCUGUCAAAAGAUUGAAGCAUCCUGCAAUAAAAAUGAGUAGAGAAGACUUACUCAAGGAAUUUGCUGAUGAUUUCAAAGCGGAUGAAAGUGUCAUGUUCUCAGUAGAACAUUUAAAGAAGGAUAAGAAAUAAAAACAUGCCAAAUCACUAUGUUAUUGAUUAUUAACAAUUUAUUGAGACAUUCUAUUUUUAAAUAUUUUUAUUUUUAAUCCGUAUGUAAAUUUGCGAGCGGCUGAUGACUUGUUAAACUACGAAAUCAAAAAAGUCCAAACACAAAUACGUCAAUUGAGUGACGCAAGCACGGUCAAAUGCGAGAUUUUUGUAUAUUUUGAGACACACAUUAUCAGCAGUUCUCUCCUCUCUGAUGUUUUAGCGAUUGCCAGAUUGAGCUUAAUAUGAAAUAUUAUUGAAAUAAUGGAAUUAAAAUAAUAUAAUACUUCAUCAUCAUCAGUGAGAGUAUUAUGACUUGAUGAGAGAAGAGACUCUUCUUUACCGAUCAUAAUUCACAUGACUGAAGCAAAAAAGAAACGGUUUUACCGGCAAACGUUAUAUGUGCGGAAGAGAAUGUAAUAUAUGAAUCUACGGCAGCAAAUGUAAAUAUAUAUUACCCGUAUUAGACAUACAGCAAAAAUAAUCGAGAGCUUAUUGUUAAUAAGAAUAAACUUGUUAGCAUAAUUAUUUACUAGGAUAUAAAUAAAUGUAUC